UUCUCUCCCUACACCUCACCCCUUUCCUCACUCACUUCCACACACUGCUAGUGUGUGAUCACUCCUCUCUGUACUCAGCCGUGGCCACCAGGGCAGCGAGGACUCUCAGCCACGUGCAGUAGUGUUUGUGGGUUUUGUGGUCCUGCUGCUGCUGUCCCUCCUGUUCUCCUGACUCUCGAACACGAUCAAGGGGAGAGGGACAGACACGUCUUCACUGGGCCAUACCCAGAACGAAAGUGAGACUGAGGCCUCUGAGAUGGGUCAUGGUCCCGUCCAGCUGUGGGGGAGCGGAUGAUGGCAGCGAGCUGGCUCUGGCAGGACAGCAUGCUGGCUGCCCACCACUGGCUCCCUGCUCUUUAUCUGUGCAAGUUAUAAAGUAAGAACCCCAGGGACAAAGUGUGAUAAUAGUGCUAGCGACCUGUCAGCUUUCUCAGACCCUUUGCUCUCAGACCCACACGUCCAGGGACACUUCUGACUUUCACUGCCCCCAUGGGGCUCCGCGGGGUCCCGGCUGUCGGGCGUGCUGACCGCUGGGCGGUGACUGCCGUGACCAUGACGGUGCGGUAAUGACGCCUCAGCUUCCAAUCACCGCACAGCUGGCUACCCUGCUUCUGCAAGAGUCCAAGCGCCCUGGUGGCUUCGCAUGGGAUUCUCCAAACUUCCAGAUACUGUCAUUCCUUUACUUCUCUGAUGCGAGCUCAAGCUGAGCUCUGAGGGACGUCACAUUCACGGACGGAGAGCCUCAGCCUGUGCUCAUUUCCGUGGCCCCCACUCCUGCCCCUGCUGGCCCCCCACAUGCCCUCCCGCGGAGCAGGCAAGGUUAGGUUCCUGCCUGGUCCUGCACGCUGCGGGGCGUCCCGGCGCUCCGACCCAGCCCCGCGCCUCAGCACCUGCAGGAGCCCCGCCUCCCACCUCACGCCUGUCUGCGUGCGGCUCAGGCUCUGGGAGCGUGCUCUCCCUACUCUCCCCUCUGCGGCCGGCACGUUCUCCCCACGCAUGCGCCCUGAGACACCCGGAGGCCUCGCCAGUGCUGGCUGAGGCACCGCCCACCUCCGGACGUUUUCCCUCUUUCCUCCUCGACUCUCACGCACUCUCCUCCGCAGCUCGCGCUCACUGCUCCGCUACUGACAUUCUGUCCUCCCGCUCCCCCCACACGCUCUCCUCCCGGACCCUGCGCUCUGGUGAAUGGUUUUGAAGCCUGACGAAAGGAGCCUGAUGUGGUCGAAGCAGCCAGAGCCCAAAACCUGACCUCGGGCAUUGUGACGUGCAGUGGGUUAAGCAGACCCCUGGUAAGCGGUCUGCUCCAUUGGUGGGGCUGGUGGCUGGACAGACCAGAGGGAAGGAUUUCUGACCUUUUGUGGACACAAAACCCACCUCUUUGGUUUAUUAACCAAAAUGUGAAGAAAUCCAGCCCCUGAGGAUCUCCCAGGCUGGGGCAAGCAGAGGAGGGUCUUUUCACCCCAUUGUGGGGAACAGUCUAUGCUAGGCUUCCCUGGCAGAGCUGAGCUGGUUGUUCACCUGGAAGCUUUUGUCACCUGGAGGUGUCCCCUUAAGGAUAGCAAAGGGUGUGCGCUACGGAAAAACCAGGGUGCUGUGCUCAGCUCUCGGUAGUGGUGGUAGUGGAGGCACAGGGAGGUUACCAGCCUCCCCACCUCAUUCUCCCUCACCAGCCCUUGCUGUGAUCCUGGGUGGAUGGAGCCCCUGAGAUACCUCAUCUGCGAAGUGGGAGCGGUGACAGACCGUCCUCUGCAUGGGAGGCUACCGACAUCUGGAGCAGGGAUACCGGGAAAGGCUGAGCCUCCUGCGGUCCGAGGAGGAGAGGGAACGUGAGCUGUUCUGGGAGCAGACCUGCAAGCAAAGGGCUGUGCUGGAGAAGGACCUGGAGCGCCUGCAUGCCGAGGAGGCCAGCCUCCGGGAAAAGCUGACCCUGGCCCUGAAGGAAAACAGUCGAUUACAGAAGGAGAUUAUUGAAGUUGUGGAAAAGCUUUCGGAAUCAGAGAAGCUGGUCUUGAAACUGCAGAAUGACCUGGAGUUUGUGUUGAAGGACAAGGCAAGUCCUUUUGCCGAUUCUGAGUCUCUGGGUCCUGGGUAAAAAGUGUCAGGGACUUGAAAAAGAAUAUGUAGGUGAGUGAAUUCCAUUGUUUCCUACUACAAUUCUAGAAUGGAGAGAAAAUCAGCAGGGCAACUUUCGUUCCAUUCUCUUCCUGUUCGUGCCAGUGCAGGGGUACUGGGAUGCCCUAGUGACACCAUGGCUGUUGAACAUUUAGUGACAGUGAUGUCUGCACAGUCCCCCAUGAUGGGUUCGCAGUGGGGAGGGGCACAAAGGAGAGCUCGCUGCCCAUC